GCUCCUCUGCUUCUCUCAUCUCUCAUCUCUCUCUCUCUCUCUCUCUCUCUCUCUCUGCGUGAAAGCUCUUCAGGAUAGGAAAUGGCGGAAGCUCCAUCGUUGCCGGCGAUCGAAGAAGAGAAAAUAGAUGAGGAGUUUUACGAGAAGAUCGAAGCGCCCAAGUUCGUUGACUUCACCGCACCGGAGAUUCGCCGUUCUCAUGAAGAUCGCUACUGGUUCUGCUCUCGCGUUGGAUGUGACCAAAAUCAUGAAGAAGAGUUGGAUUCUGAAGCAAUCUACAAGAAUUUUGUCCUUCGGGUUAUGGCAGCAAGAAGUCCAAAUGUUCGCCUCAGAAAAGCACUGAAUAAAAGAGAAGCAACUGCAAAUCUGAAAUGCCCACUUACAGCUCCAGCAAAAUCUUCCAAGACAAGGGUUUCAAGAUUGGCUUUGAUUUCAUCAUUUUCCAAAAAGAUUGGUGAUUAUGACAAGGCAAGAACAAGACCUCUUUCUAAGGUUAAUGCAACCCCAAAAAAUUCUAAGGUGAAGCAAUCAUCUGCUACGGCUAAGGCUUUUACUACUCCCAGAAAACAAAAGAAGAGUUUGAAUAUAGAUCAGUUCAGAACUGUGCAAGGCAAAAAAGAAGCAUUGAAUGUGGCUGUGCCUAAGAACAGAGUAAUAGCUAAAACUCUUGUAUUUCACUCACCGAAAAAAGCAGUGAAGAUCAAGAGAUCUGUGGAACUAAAAAAGACACCCAUGAAAUCUCUGUGUUCAGCAAUGAAGAAGCUUGAGAUUGAUAGCGUAAAGAAGAAGAAUGAAGAAGCUUCUAGAAAGAAGUUCAAGGGACGUGAGGUUAAGAGCCGUGUGUUUGAUUCUUUGUAUCCUAACAGAUGUUUGAAAGGGGAAAAGAAAUUAAAGAGUGCUUCUCAGAUUCAUGAAGGAUCUAUUGUUGACCAUGGUGAUUCUAGUGACAUGGAGAUCGAUGAGAAAUCAAGGGAUGGUUCUCUUGAAAGAUGUCAUAAAUCAUCAACAAGUUCAGAAGAAGCGGAGGAGAAGAAGAGUAGUGAAGACUAUUGCACAGAAAAUGAGGAGAAAAGGGAAAAAAUCCCAGAAGCUGCAAAGAGAAAUGACAAUAAAGAGAAUUCUUUGGCAUCUGAUGACGAUAAGAGAAAUGAUAAUAAAGAGAAUUCUUUGGCAUCUGAUGACGAUAAUAAAGAAAAUGUGCUUGAACUCAAUGAAAAUGCUUCAGCCCCUGAUGAGAAUAGAACAAUUGUUGUCAAUCAUAACAACCUUGAAAAGCCCAAGAAUGAUGAGUUGAGGAAAAAACAGAAGAAUGAAGAUUUGAUUAUUAUGGCUUGGAAACAGAAACCUACAUCUAAUGCAACAACUGGAUCUAAAGUUGUGAAAUACAGAAAAUUAAGGCCAACAAAUCCCAAGCCUUUUAAGCUGAGAACAGAUGAAAGAGGAAUUCUCAAGGAGGCAAACUUGGAAAAGAAACCUCUCUCACCCUUGAAAGAAACCACCGCUAAAGGAGGCAAAACAAUGAGGAAACGUGUAAUCCAAAGGAAUGAACAAGACUCCGAUAAUAACAGCUGCGAAGACAGAACAAACCAUGCAACGGAAGGAGAUAAAUCUGUAAGCAUUCAAUGUUCUGUCCUUGGAAACUCCAAUAUGGAAGUGAACAGAUUAUAUGCCACUCCCCAAAGAAGAGAUGGCCCUAAAUUUCAGAAACCUAUCGAUACCGCGGAACGGCCAAAACAACGAGAAAAGGCAGCUCAAAAAUUGGAUGACAACUUUAAAAGAACGUCCCAUAUGACACAGCCCAAACUAGUAAGGCCAAGAAGUGCUUUAUCAAGGAAGAAAGAGAACGGUCUUUUUGUAACACCUGGUAAGCAGCAUCUCAGUGCAAUUGAUGAAAAUUCAUCUAAUCCAAAGCCUAAGGAAGCAGCAAAGGCUGGUAAUAAUAGCGACUCAUCUAGAAGUAAAGUUUGCAGUGCCAAUUCCAGUUCUCGUUCAAGACCCAGGAAGACUAUUUUAACUGUUCCAAAGGAACCAAACUUUCAGAGUCUCCAUGUGCCGAAGAGCUGCACCAAAAAAAUGACUUGAACUUCUUCUUCUUUCUACAUUUUUUCUCUUUUACCCCUUUAUUUGCAGUUUAUUAUUGGUGGGGUUUGUGUCUGAUGUUCAAUAAUAUCAUUGAAUUCGUGAUAGUGGCUUCCUGAUGAUUGUUAUGAGGCCAUUUGAUUGAUAUAGAGGCGUAGGCAAAAUUUGAUGAUUCAGAACCAUGUUUGUUGUAACAUAGAUGAUUCAUUUGUAAUUGUUUAUGUUUAUUUAUGAUGCUA